CCGUCCUGCCGGGCCGGGCCGGGCCGGGCCGGGCCGCCCCCGCUGCCGCCGCGGCCUCCCGCGGGACGCGGCCGGGCUCAUGGCGGCGCAGCGCGGCGCCCGCCGGCUCGGCGCGCUCGGGCUGCUCUGCCUGCUGCUGCCCGCCGUUUUGGGUGAGGACUGUGAGGCAUAUGCUGAUCAUCAUGGCAAGGCGCAACCUGCAGAAUCCUGUCCCAACUUCUGCUGUGGAGAUUGCAUGCGUCGAUACUGUUGCUCUAAUGUGCUACUGAAAUUUGAUGAAGGACAACAAUUUAAAUGUAAUCUGCUUGAUGGAAGGACCUCUGGCUCAGGCAAUGUGAAUUACCUGCAGUUCCGUGCAGACUUUGAUGAUUACAUAGACUCUGGCCCCAGGAAAGUAUCUUCUGUUGCCUUAUCCCUCUGACUGUGUGAUGUCUGAAAAGGAAGAGAAGAUUUUUAUGAAUUCUAAAACUUGGAGUUAAUUAACAACCAGUUAAGUUUAUCACUGUCUCUGAUGACGGUCGUACCUCUGUUUUUGUUGGGUCUGGCGGUUGUCUCCCAAGGUCUUAUUUUUCCCCAUUGUUUUGGCAUCUUCCCUCUCGGAGUCGGUGACACAGAUUUGUGGACUACACCAAAUAGUAAAUGAUUUCUUGUGAAUGGCAUCACUCUAGGAAGCUGUCCAUGAGUACUCCAGUUACAAGUAACAUGCUGUGAUAAAGUGAAAAAAUUCUUACUUCUGAAAAAAAACUACAGACAACAUUGUGAAA